AUGUACACUUCACCUCCUGCCGGUCUUUCUCUCAACUCUAUCUUCGACUAUGUGAUCGUUGGCGGUGGUCCUGCCGGCUUCGUCCUGGCUGAACAGCUUUCACAGAUCCCAAAGGUCUCCGUCAUAUUACUCGAAGCCGGACUGGAUGCCUCGCAGAACGACAAUAUCACAAUUCCCGGCUUCGCUGGCGUCAACGAGUUCUCGCCCAGGAUCUGGGACUACUACACCAUUCCUCAGAAGCAAUUGAAUGAGGCGACUCCACAUCUGGCUCAAGGGAAGGUUUGGGGCGGAGGCACGUCGGUCAAUUACAUGAAUUACAAUCGAGGAUCCAAGUCUGUAUUCGACGAGUGGGCCGAGAUUUCUGGCAUUCCCGGUCUGGCUUGGGACAGCUUGAUCAACAACUUCAAGGCAACGACUAGGCUGGAGCCGAAUCGACGCAUGUCGAAUUUCAGCCAAGUACUCGAUAUCGAGGCAUAUGGAAACGGACCCGUGUCACUCACGCACGCACAGACACUGGACGGUUUCGAUCCGUACUGGAACUACGCUCUGAAAGACACACUCCGUCUGCCUGAAGUGGAUUUCAAUUCAGGGGCUGGUGUCGGUGUCAGCUAUAGCGUAGAGUCCAUCAUCCCGCAGAAGCGCACCCGCGAGACCGCUCACACAGCUUUCGGCUACCGCAUGGCCAAUCGUCGCAACGUUCGUAUGAUCCAUGGGGCAUACGUCAACAAGAUCAACUUCGCAGGCAAACGUGCCCAGUCAAUCACAUACGCCGACACGAACAACGGAAACAGAACGCAGACUAUCAAAGCACGCGAGAUCAUCGUCUCAGCUGGCGCGAUUGCUUCGCCUAAGCUCCUCAUGCUCUCCGGAGUAGGACCACGAUCGCAUCUUCAACAACACAAAAUUCCUAUCAUUCUGGCGAAUGAUCACAUUGGAGCCAACCUACAGGACCACAACUACGCUUCGAUCGAGAUCCAGGUCCGGGACCCUGUCUACACCCUGUCGCAAUGGGAAAAUUCAACUUACCUGAAAAGCAUCAUACGGUCCUUCAAACAAAAUGCAGCCGGUCCAUUAGCCAACGUUCCAGCAUCCUCGUUCUCCCUGGUCCGUGUCCCGAAUUCAGCCCUGCCAAAAGGUCCUGCAGGAGACUUCCAUCGCUCGCUACCCGCCGAUCGAGGCAACCUUCAAAUGCAGUACGCCAAUGUCGCUCUCAUCGCCAACACCUCAGUCCCAACUACAAAAGUCAUAACAAUCUGGGUCGCCCUCGUCCAGCCUGAAGCAGCAGGCACAAUUCGCCUCAAAUCGUCAAAUUUCUGGGACUUUCCACUCAUCGACACCGCCUACUUCGGCACCACCGGCGACCGUGCCGUCAUCCUCUGGGGUUACAAAGCGCUCCGUCGAGUCCUAGCAUCAGACUGGUUGAAGCCACUCAUCGUGAAGGAGAUAUAUCCAGGGUCGAAUGUGACCAGCGACGAGGGGCUCAUGCAGGCGAUUCGAGGUGGUGCACAGAGUUACCAUCAUCCGAUGGGGACUGUUGCGCUGGGGAAGGUGUUGGAUCAAGACUUCCGAGUGAAAGGUUUGAAGGGGCUGAGGGUUGUGGAUGCAAGCGUAUUUCCGAAGCCGCCGAAUUGUCAUCCACAGGCAGAUGUCUAUGCUGUUAGCCAUCUCGCUGCAAGGUUGAUACGGGAGGCGGAUGGAUGGGAUUGA